AUGCACGUGUAUCCGGACCUCGACUCCCUACCCAAAACUGAAGGACAACCUCAGGGGAAUGCCUGGGGUCUAUGGAGAGAGAACGACGAAUUACGAACAGUGGAGCCAUAUUCACGGUGUCUGAUGGUUGAACAUGGAGCUCUCAACUAUUUGACUCCCGAAGUCAUCUUGCAGGCAACAGAGGAGAUCAAAGCUGGCGUCACAGUGCAGUAG